AUGGACUCUCCGCAUCUAACACUUGGUGCUCUCCUCAGCACUAUGGCAAUGAUCUCUAACUGGAUGUCCCAGACCCUCCCCUCCCUGGCUGGGCUAAAUACAACACGUAUUCCCACCAGCAACUCCCUGACACAAAUAAGCCCCCGGGAAGGAUGGCAGGUUUACAGCUCAGCUCAGGACCCUGAUGGCCGCUGCAUCUGUACAGUGGUGGCUCCAGAGCAGAACCUUUGUUCCAGAGAUGCCAAAAGCAAACAGCUACGUCAACUUUUAGAAAAGGUGCAGAACAUGUCACAAUCCAUAGAAGUGUUAAACUUGCGCACACAGAGGGACUUCCAGUACGUGCAGAAGAUGGAGACUCAGAUGAAGGGCCUUCGGUCCAAAUUUAGGCAAAUUGAGGAAGAUCGUAAAACACUUCUGACACGUCACUUUCAGGAUCUGAAAGAAAAAAUGGAUGAACUGCAGCCACUAAUUCCAGUUUUGGAGCAGUAUAAGACAGAUGCUCGCCUGAUCACACAAUUCAAGGAAGAGAUCAGGAAUCUGACCGGUAUUCUUACCACCAUUCAGCAAGAGAUUGGAGCAUUUGACUAUGAGGAGCUGCACCAAAGGGUCCUGGGCCUGGAGUCUCGUCUGAGAGAGUGCAUGAAAAAACUGACAUGUGGAAAGCUCAUGAAGAUUACCGGACCUAUUACAGUGAAGGCAUCUGGGCCACGAUUUGGAGCCUGGAUGACAGAUCCCGUAGCAUCUGAGAAAAACAAUCGUGUCUGGUAUAUGGAAGGAUUCACAACAAGCAAAAUAGUUCGGGAGUACAAGUCACUGGCAGAUUUUGUCACAGGAGCAGAAUCCAGGACUUACACCUUACCAGUUAAAUGGGCUGGCACUAGUCAUCUGGUGUACAAUGGUUCACUCUUCUUCAACAAGUAUCAGAGCAACAUCAUCAUUAAGUACAGCUUCAAUAUGGGGAAAAUCCUGGCCCAGCGUAGCUUGGACAAUGCCGGUUUCAACAAUGUUUAUCCUUACACUUGGGGUGGCUAUUCUGACAUUGACUUGAUGGCCGAUGAGUUUGGUCUGUGGGCUGUGUAUGCUACCAACCAGAAUGCCGGGAAUAUUGUCAUAAGCCAGCUUCGACAAGACACUCUAGAAGUUGUUAAGAGCUGGAGUACAGGAUACCCCAAAAGGAGUGCUGGAGAAUCCUUCAUGAUUUGCGGCACAUUGUAUGUCACCAACAACCAUCUCACUGGUGCCAAGGUCUACUACUCAUAUUCAACCAAGUCCUCUUUAUAUGAGUACAUGGACAUCCCCUUCCACAAUCAGUACUUUCAUAUAUCAAUGCUGGAUUACAAUGCUCGGGACCGCGCCCUCUAUGCCUGGAAUAAUGGACACCAGGUGCUCUUCAAUGUUACGCUUUUUCACAUCAUUAAAACAGAUGGUGAUGUGUGA